AUGGCAACAGUCGUGCCUCGUGCCAAAAAGCAGAGGACAAUACCGGAAGACCACCUCGACCACGCCAACCUCUCGCUUCAAGCCGCUGAUCCAACCCACCCCAGCAUGCUUGCACACCAACAUCCCAUCCCUCCCGCACAUCACCAACAUCAACAACAGCAAUACCAAUACGCAACAGCAACACACAAUCCCGCCAUGUCCAACUCCGCACCAAGCGGCAGCAGGCCCGCGCGUCCCGCCUCUGGAUUCCAAAGAGUCAACGAAGUCAUUGGAGGAAAGGUCCAGGAAGUCUUUGUCAUCGACGACGAUACUCCGCCACCCUCCAAUCCGCUCAGCGUCCAAGCCGCUCGUGAUCCGCACCUCGUCAACAAUUAUGCGCACCUCAACGGUCACGCUGCUGCACCAGCCGCGUAUGCAUCCGAUCUGCAUCCCUACGCCUCCGAUCCGCGUUACAACCAAGCCGCAAGCCUCUCCAAGGGCAAACGCAAGGCCAACGACAAUGGCGUCCAUCCGGCGCUUGCCAGCUCCCACCUCGGCAUGCUUCCGCACGAUGCCGACCUCAUAGCUCCUGCUCCGCACACCACGCUCCAGCCUGUCCCCGCCGAUGCACCCGUCCAGAAGCGCCGCAAACGCAGCCAUCCCGUCAGGCCGGAUGGCACCACGUCGGGCGCCACCUCGUACGACCCCUCGGAUCCGUCUCACGCCGCCGCAGCACAUCUAGCCGCCUCGGGCGUCGCGGGUCUGGCGCAAGCCAACCGUCAUGCGCCCGAGAUGGUGCAGACCCGCGUGCCCUCCAACUACCGAGGCGGCUACCCCGCCAGCUCGGGCACGCUCGACUAUCUGGCGCGCUACGAUCCCACCAACGCCAACGCCGCAUUCGCACAGGCGCGGCAGGCCUACGAGGGCUCGGCAGCCAGCACGCGCGACUCGUACGCCAGCUCGGCGUCGUACGUCGCCGCGGUGGCCGCACAUUCGGGCCCCGUCGACGACGACCAGGGCCACUUUUUGGUCAAGGAGGGCGACUACGUCACCAGCCGAUACAAGAUCCUGCGGCUGCUCGGACAGGGCACGUUCGGCAAGGUGGUCGAGUGCUACGACAAGAAGCAGCGCAAGUACGUCGCCAUCAAGAUCAUCCGCGCGGUGCAAAAGUACCGCGAUGCGAGCCAGAUCGAGAUCCGCGUGCUGCGCGCGCUGCGCGAAAACGACCCGCACAACGAGAACAAGUGCAUCCAUCUGCUCGAGACGUUCAACUUCAAGAACCACGUCUGCAUCGUCUCGGAGCUGCUGGGCAAGAGCGUGUUCGACUUUCUCAAGGAGAACAAGUUCCAGCCCUUCCCGCCGCUGCACAUCUGGCAGUUUGCCAAGCAGCUCAUGCAGAGCGUCGCCUUUCUGCAUCGGCUCAACCUCGUGCAUACCGAUCUCAAGCCCGAGAACAUCUUGCUCAUCAGCAGCGAGCACUCCAUCGUCGCCACCUCGCGGCGCCAGAACGCCAAGCGCAAGCACGUCCUGCACAACACCGAGAUCCGGCUCAUCGAUUUCGGCUCGGCGACGUUCAACGACGAGUUCCACUCGAGCGUCGUCUCGACGCGCCACUACCGUGCGCCCGAGAUCAUCCUGUCCAUGGGCUGGUCGUUCCCGUGCGACGUGUGGUCCAUCGGCUGCAUCCUCGUCGAGUUCUUCACCGGCGAUGCGCUCUUCCAGACGCACGACAAUCUCGAGCAUCUCGCCAUGAUGGAGGCGGUGCUGGGCAAGAUGCCCGACGACUACCGGCGCAAGGCCGAGACGUACAAGCCCGAGUACUUUAAGAACGGCGCGCUGCGGUAUCCUGUCGCCGAGACGAGCAAGGACAGCCGCAAGUACGUGCGCCAGAUGAAGAAGCUGCACGACCUCAUCAACACGCCCGCCACGCAGAGCGCGUAUGCCAAGCACAACUCGCGCUUCCUCUCGCUGCUCCGCCAGCUGCUCGAGUUCGAUGCCGCAAAGAGGAUCAAGGUCGCCGAUGCGCUCAAGCAUCCCUACUUUGAUCUCGAUCCCGAGAAGGACUUCCCGCCCGUCUGA